UAUUCCCCCAACUCUCUGAGUCCAAAUGAAACCCCUAAGAGCCUAACUGUCUAAGCACAAACGAAACCUAACUCACUUAGUCCAAUCAAAACCCUAACUCCUACAGCUCACAACCUUCUCCGACUGCCUCCCCUCCUAACUCACAUCGCAUCGUUGCGGCUGCAUCGACGACUUUGCUUCAUCGAAUCCAGUGGCGACCUGAGCGGCCACCUCCGACCUGCCUCCCCUUCAAUUGCUUUGUCGACAACCGCAUGCAGGCGUUGCCACCUACUGGAAUAAACGAACGACGAUGGCAGGGGAAGAUCGGCGUUGCAUGCCACGGAACUCGUGGAAGCCUUGAGGGUUCUAGAUCUAAUAAGAGACUGAAGCUCCGACCAGGUGAUUACCUAUUAUGGUUCUUGACUCUCUCGAUCUUCUAGAUCUGAUUCACGUCGAGCUUGUCAUUGAAGUUAGAGGAGAUGACAGUGGAUAUUGGGAAUCGGGAGAUGAGAUGAUGAUUGUUGGUGCAGUUGGGGGAGUCUAGGAGAGAGGGAGAGAAGACGAUGGUCGAGUUGAGAGGGAGAUGUGACGAUGGUAGAGUAAGAGUUAGGGGAGUCGGAGAUCGAGGGAGAGAGCAGAGAGGCCAGAGCCGGGGAGAGGGAUUGGUGGCGGCUGUGACCCUAACCCAAAAAACUUAAGGAAAGGAGGUGAAAUGAAGAAAACGAGGAGGCGUUGGUGGUAGGUGAUGAUAUUUCGGGUUGGAGUCUUGAAACCGAACCGAACUGAAAUAUAACUCAGUUCGGCCAAAUCAAAUCGAAUUAUAUUUCGGUUCGAACUCGGUUGCCCUUUAGAGGAAGUUGGAAACCCGAUAUGUACCAUUUUAGUUCUGUUUGAACCAAACAGAUGCCCGCCCCUAUUUUUAGGCAUGAGAUAUUUGCAUUUCAAAUGCAUUUGAAAUAGCCUAUAUUCAAAUGUUAAGUUGUUUUUAUUAUGUCUUUUUUAAAGAAUUUCGUUAAAUCGAUAACGUGAAUGGUAUAGGAUUAAACUAAAUUUAUGAGACCAUACCUUAGGUGAUAUUAAUUGCCUCUUAACAAGCAUUGUAACUUCAUAAAUUGAGACAAUUGUGCACGAUACGCAGUUGAUAUCAAAUCGAGGGUAAUUCAAUGACACUAGGUUAGCAGGACUUCAGUAUUAUGUGAUUCGUUGGCCAAUUGAGUCUCCUCUUCGAACCACUUAGAGAGCUACAAAAUGAUAAAGUAAUUGAAUUUUUAUGAGCAGAUCAUAAAUUCAAUUUAUGUCAGUGCAUCUAUACAUUUCAACAUUCUAUCCAUAUAUCAAUUAAAAUUUUAUUGAUUGAGAAAACACAAGAAGAUGAAGAAUAUGAGAAGAUAGGGGCAUCCAAUGGAAGUUGGAGUUGUGUUGGCAAUCCAUGAAUCACAAUUCACAUGGUGGGGUUUGAAAUAUUUUGGAGUUGGUUGUCCCCAAAGUUUUUUAUUUACUUUUGUUUUGGAAUGAUAGUGGUAAAGAAAAGAAAGGGAAUAUUGUGGGUGAGCUACUAUCUAUCUGUACUGUUGUUAAUAUAAUGUGAUGCAAUCGUCCCUCCCCAGAUUAUAGAUGGUGAUGAGUUGCAGUUGAAAGUUUUGUUUGUGGGAAUUAUGUAGAAAAUAGUACCUUCCACUUAAUUACAAGCACUACUCAGUCCCUUUUCUUCAUUCAUCACUAAUUCACUAUGUAACUUUUCUUCUUUCUCGGUGCUUCAACACUACAAUAAUGGUGGAGAAAACAUCAAUGAAUAGUUGAAUCUAUUAUGUACAGUCUAGACAAGGUUCAAGUAUACUAAGGAGUGAACAUGUCUACAACAAACACUUGUUAUGAUAAACACCUAUUGGACAUUUGGGCAAAACGCUAAUUCACAUCAAUGGACCAACGUGAGGGUUCAACUCGUCUAGUUCUGUAUAAAGAUGCUCGAACUUUCUAGUAUGAGUAAUGUACGUAAAUCCGAAAUCUCUCAACACUCUCUACACAUAAGUAAUUUUUCUAUACUUUAUCUCCCUAUAAUCCUUUCUAGGUUUGCUUACAUAAGCUCCAAUUUUACUUCCAACUUGGACGUCGAAGUUUAGAUCAUCAAGAUAGCUCCUAUCUCUCCACAUGUUCCUUUUAUACCUGAGAAGAUCAAUAGAAGGAUUCAAAUUAGAGACCUAACAUUUCUUGUUAUUGACAAAACCCAAUAAUAUUGUUCGAACCACUAUGGUAGUAAGUUGUAAUGGAAGAAAUAAUCACUUGGACUCCAUAGGCAAUCAGGAUUACUUAACUAUCCAUUGAAUGAGUCAAGAAUUUUUGUAAACUAAUAGAAAUCAUGGAACCCCAAGUCAACUCAUAUAUGUUAGCUUCUGGAGCAUCCAUGUACCUUAAUUCUUUUCGAUUGAACAUCCAUGUUAGGGAACUACGGUAGAUAUAUAUACAUUCACCAAUGUUGAUGUUGGGAUUGAAGAUAUCACAGAAUCAGACCUAUUCACAGUCAAGCGGAGUCGUGCUCGUGUCCUUUCAUCUUUUAAAAUAUGGUUGAAAAUAUGUGUGAAACUUGUAAUAUAUAUGAUUUGAAUUCCUUGAAUUUAUGUUUUUGCUUUCUUGAAUAUUUGAAUCCUUCACUAAUAGCUAUUGUUGCUAAUCUCUUUGAAUCGAGAUGAAUUGAUGCAGUUAGGUAAUUUGAAAAUAAUUUUAUUUUGUCAACAAUGAGAGUUUGAGAGAGAAUCUAAGAAUAGUUGAUGAAACGUUAUUAUUUCUGCAUAUAACAUUAAAUAGAAACUCAAAUCACUAAACAUCCAAUCUACAAAACAAACAAUAACAGAUACUUUGGAUUUAAAUCAAACGCUUGAUAUCGGAAUGACCUUGCUAUAUCUCAUUGUCAGCCAAAAUAAGGUCAGCCUUACAAGAAAACGUUCAUCAUUUAAGCUCAUAAUUAAUGUGGCAAUGGAUAUUGAGAUAUAUUAGUUUAGGGUAGCAUCUGUUGUCAAUCUAAUGGAAAUGAAAGAUUCAAAGAAUGUAACCCUACAGAUAUAAAACAUAUAUAUUGAUUAGUACAUAGAUAGACAUGUCCAUGUUUACAAGUUUUAGAGUGAAAUUAAAUAAAAUAAUAAACCUAAAGAAUACUAGUUGAUUAAUUAUUUCCCCCCAUAAUCCCAGUUAUCAUUCAUAAGUAACCAAUCAGAUUAUGCCACUGAAUGAAGCAAGUAUAUUGGGUCGAGAAAGGACAUGAUAUUAAUUAAAAUUUGGGGGAAAAUAUGUUAUUUUAUUUAGGAGCUCAGCUAGGUGUGCUGUAUGCCUGUAUGUGGUGGCUUCUAAUGUGCCCUUGUCUCUUGCUUUAGAAAAUUGCUCAAACUGCAGAACCACGUCGUAUUGGGUCCCAGAGAAUCCAACUCUUUUUUCCCUCUUAUUAGUUAUUAUGAUAGUGGCAAGAAAAUAAAAUAAUUAGAAUCUCACUAAAUAAAAUUAUUAUCUAAAGUUAUAAAGAAAAAUAGGAAAUGAUUUAGUUUUAGUCAACUAAAUUUUGAAAAUGCAAAUGGUUGCUUCUCUCAUCCUCCCACCAGUUCCCCAACCUAAUCAUCUCCUUCCACAUGUAUGCUAAUGGAUCAUCAAUCUAGAUGUAUCAAUGAGGACAUAACCUCAAUUUUGAAAUAAUCAAUUUGGAUCCCAUGAAUUUUCAACCUUUCAUUUGACUUCACAUUUAAUAUAAUUGUCAUGAUAAGAAAAAAAUAUUUUUGAUAUUGAUCGAGAAUCAUGAGCAUUUAUUGAUGUUUCGACAUAUCUUCCCAGAUUUCAAGACUACCAUAAAUUCAACUUACCAUAUUGAGGUUUAGACUGAACUUGUUGUGGUCUCAUCUUAAUUGUAUUUUAUGUAGGUAAAAAAAUUGUUCUGUGGCAUAGAUAAUAUAAGAUUUUGGUUUGACAAAAUCAAUUAUAAUUGAAGUGUUCAAAAUGGAUAAAAAAAAAACUGUGCAUGUGUUGGACAGGUGGCCACACACAAAAGGAUUAAAUUGUGGGGAAUAUUUCUAUCACCACCAUCAAAAGCAUAGAAUAUUUUAAAUAUUAAUAUUAUUAAAAGAAAAAGAAGAACCUCAAGAAAAAUGAAAAUCAAAGUAAUGACUUCUCAUCCUAAGAAGGAAUGGGUCAAUGACUCAAUGCCCAUUUUAAACAUAAGCCCAACUAAUAAAAGGGCUUCGAAACCCGCUAACUGUAUGACCGUAUCUAAUCCAGUAAUCCUGCCUUGAUUGGGCCCGAAGCGAACUCAGCCAAAUUUCGAGGCCCACGACGGGCACCUGCUAACCAUCUUCGGUGUACAGUCGUCGCCUACUUCCUCCGCCAUCUAGGGAUGGCAAUGGGGCGGGUUUGGGGCGGGUUUGCUUAAACCAUCCCCAUACCCAUCUUCAAAUACCCAAACCCAUACCCGCCCCAUACCCAUACGGGGAAUGUUUUGAAAACCCAUCCCCAUACCCGUGGGUUUCGGGUACCCAUGGGUAAUACCCAUACCCGUACAUCCAACAUAUGUAUUAGAGUUAAAACUUACAGGAAAAGUUCUAAUUAUAACUCUAAACGAACAUAUUAUAUCAUGAAGUCAACAAAACACGGUCAUUUUUUUAAUAUGGUUCAAAGAUUAUGAUCCUAAAAUAUCCAUUAAUACAUAAUAUAGAGUAUAAUAUUUUUCAAAUUAUUAUGUUCUAACUCUAAUACAUCUACUAAAUAAUAAUUAACUAACAUAAUCUUGUUGACAAGGGGAAAAGUGAAAGAGUGAAAUGAGAAUUGAGAGAAAUGAAUUAGAUUUUGAUUAAGGUGGUCACUCAAUUGCAUUUCUACUAUUUAUUUUCUCAAUUUAUCCUCAUCAUCAUUGAUAGAUUAUAAUUUGAUGCACAUAUUUUUGUUAUAUAUGAAGAAAUUAUUUUAGUGGGGCGGGUAUGGGGAUGGGUAUGGGGCGGGGGAGGCUAAAACCAUACCCGCCCCAUACCCAUCAAACUUUUUGCGGGUUUUACCCAUACCCGCCCCAUACCCGGUCAAAGCGGGGAUUCCCCGCGUUGACUGGGUCGAGGGCGGUCGGAUACCCGCGGCCAUGGGUUUGAUUGCCAUCCCUCCGCCAUCAUUUGGCAUUUCGCUUACUCUCCUUCAGCCGCCGUCCGGCGAUAAGGUCGUCGUAGUCUCCCGUCUCGUCAAAGGUUGGCCUACUUCUGCCGUUUCUUUCUAUUUCCUUUUACUUUUCAUCCAGUCCCUGGCCUGAAAUUAAAAUUUCUCUUUUGAAUUGCAAGGACUUUAGGCGUGCUAGUUGUAGAAAUUGUCAUCUUGCUGAGUAAGAUCAAGAGUGCGAAUUUGCUUGCCUUUUGCUUGGGAAUUUAUUGAAUUGCCAAGGAUUCUUCAGUCAGGUUUUCAUUGAUUCGUAUUUCAUGAUUAAAUUUCAGUAGCCCACUAGAGAGAAUAUUUGCAAAAUGGUGCUGACAGGAGGGGAAACUGCUUCCCCUUCUCUGCUUCUUGGGUUUCAUGGGGCUCUUUGUUCUCGUGUUCCAAGUUUUAGUCAAGGGAUCAAUCUCCAUCAACUUUCUAGAAAUGGAAGGUUUGUGUUUCGGCAAGAGCAGAAAUGGCGUGCUUCUACAAUGAGAACUCGGUUGGUGGAGUCGAAUGAGGCAUUGGCGUUGGAGACGUACGGAGGAGUUUGGGAAGACCCUGAUGAUGGAAGUGAGAGUGAUUAUGAUGAUGGUGAAGACGAAAGUGGAGCAGUGGAAGGUGUUGGUCUUGGAAAAAAAACGAGUCUACUUCUUUAUUGAUCAAAACGUGAGUUUUACACUGUCCUUAUUACACAUAUAUAUAUUCAGUCCUAGUAAAAUAACUAAAACAAUCAAUAUAGUAAACAAACAUUACAAAUAAGCACAUAUACUACUGGAUCUUUGCAGUCGAGUCCUCCAACAGCCCCCCGCAAGCUGGAGCGUGAAUAUCCACACGAUUCAGCUUGGAAACAAGUCCUGCAAACACAACACUUGCCAAAGACUUCGUGAAAAUAUCAGCAAGCUGAUUUUCGCUGUUGACAAAUAGCACCUUUAUUAAACCUGUCAAGAUACGAUCACGAAUGAUAUGGCAAUCGAUUUCAAUGUGUUUAGUACGUUCAUGUGCUACUGGAUUUUCAGCUAACCGAAUGGUUGACUGAUUAUCACAGUACAAAACAGUAGGAGAAGUGAAAGAAACACCCAAGUCUUGAAAAAUAUAAUGUAACCAUUGCACUUCGCAUGUUAGAUCUGCCAUAGCUCGGUAUUCGGCUUCAGUGGAAGACCGAGAAACAGUGGAUUGUUUCUUUGAUCGCCAACUGAUGACCGAGUCACCAAGAAACACACAAUAACCUGUAACAGAUCUCCGAGAAUCCGGGCAGCCAGCCCAAUCACUAUCAGAAAAACCAGUUAGUUUGAGAGAUGAGCUACUGGAGAAGAAAAGACCUUGUCCAGGAUUGUUUUUAAGAUAACGAAGAACCCUAUAAGCAGCAUUUAGAUGAACAUCAGUAGGGUUGCUCAUGAAUUGGGUAAGAUGAUGCACAGCAUACACAAUAUCUGGACGCGUGUGACACAAGUAUAAAAGUCGUCCUACAAGUCUACGAUACAGUUCUGGAUCAGAAAUAGGAUUACCAUCACUUACUGAAAGCUGACUUCCAGCUAUAAGAGGUGUGGCAGCAGGUUUGGCAGCAAGCAGACCUGCAUCAUUAAGUAAAUCCAGGCAGUAUUUUCGUUGACAAAUGGAGAAACCAGAAGAAUUGCGUGCAAUUUCAAGUCCUAGGAAGUAUUUCAGGGGACCUAAGUCUUUGAUUUUAAAGGCAUCAUCAAGUUGUGAUUUAAGUAGAUUAAGUGCAUCUAAAUCAUCUCCAGCAAGAAUCACAUCAUCCACAUAUACUAAGACAGCAAGGAAUUUUCCCAUAUUCGACUUAGUAAAUAAAGAAUAAUCAGCUUUAGAUUGUGUAUAACCAGCAGUAAUGAGAAACUGAGUAAUUUUGUGAUUCCACUGACGGCUAGCCUGUUUUAGACCAUAAAGAGACUUAUUGAGUUUGCAUACUAGAUUCUUAGAAGGCAAGGAUAGGCCCGGAGGAGGCUUCAUAUAGACUUCUUCAACUAAAUCACCGUGUAAAAACGCAUUAUUAACAUCUAACUGCUGCACAUGCCAAUUCUUAAUGGAAGCAAGAGCAAGCAAAGUACGUACAGUAGUAAGUUUUGCUACCGGAGAAAAGGUUUCUAAGUAAUCUAGGCCUGGGGUUUGAGUAUACCCUUUAGCAACCAACCUAGCUUUAUAUCUUUCUAUACUACCAUCAGGUUUGAACUUAAUACGAAAUACCCAUUUAUUCCCAAUGGCACGCUUACCUGGAGGCAGUGGAGUUAGAGUCCAAGUAUUGGUAUUUGCCAAUGCUAGGAGUUCUAAAUCCAUAGCCUCAACCCACCUUGGAUCUUUGGCAGCCUCAGCAUAGGUAGAAGGUUCUGUUUCAUUGGUUACAGCCAUGAUAAACCUUCUAUAAAUGGGAGACAACCUGUCAUAUGAUAAGACACUAGAUAGAGGAUAUUUAGUAUUAGUAGUGGGCCGUAUAUAAUCGCUAAGUUUCUUAGGGGGAACACGAAUCCUAUCUGAACGCCUAAGUGGUAUGGUGCUGCUGGGUUGGUGUUCAGAUACAGAAGUUGUGGGAGACGGAAGAGAAGUGUCGGCCGGAAUGCAAGCAGAUGUAUUGGAAGAAGGUGGAGAAGAAGAUGGAAACAGGGGAGGUAUGGGAUUGGGAAUAGAACAUUGCAUAGGUU